UUUAAAUAUGUUUUUAUAAAAAUCUUUUAGACAAGUUGAUUACUUAAGGAUACUAACUUGAACAAAAUAUAAAAUGAAAAAACAACAAACAAAAAAACAACACCAAACACCGACAAAAAAUUAGCAACUUUCUUUUCUACCAAUAAAAAUUGUUUUAAUUAAUGAAAGGAAAACUUAAAGAAAAUUUAUUUACAAAAACAUGUUUAAAAGUUGAAGAAAAAAUGAAAAUACUGCUAUACUUUUCAUUUUUCUCUUGCGUGCUUACUCUGAAAUGUUCGUAUCAGAUAUUUUUAUUUAAAGCAACAGUGGAUGAAUGCCAUCCUGAACUACAGGAUUCAUGUGCUACAAUAAAUAUAGGCGCAGUCUUGAGUGGAUUAUCUGUCAAAAUUGUAUAUAAAGCAUGCGCGAAAAUUUCAAUGUGUGGAGAAAUAUGUAAUCAAACUAUUGCACAAGCAUCGGGAUUUCUUUCAGGAAUAAAGAUAGCGUCAUGUGACUCUAAGUAUGGUUUCUCCAAUCGAUAACCAAAUAGCGUCACACAGCAUAACCAAAUAGCGUCACACAGCAUAACCAAAUAGCGUCACACAGCAUAACCAAAUAGCGUCACACAGCAUAACCAAAUAGCGUCACACAGCAUAACCAAAUAGCGUCACACAGCAUAACCAAAUUAAUUACGAGAUGAAGAGUGCAUUAAAAGAAAAGUUUUUGCUUUGUUUGUGUUUAAAAGAAAAUUGUUACACUUUUUUUCAAUUUA